AUGGAAAUCGCAAUCGUUGGCUCCGGCGUCAUCGGCCUAAUGUCCGCCCUCACUCUCACGGACGCGGGCUAUAAAGUAACAAUCAUAGCCCGCGAUUUACCCGGCGACGAUAGUCAAGACUGGGCAAGUCCAUGGGCCGGCGCAGCAAUGUUCCCCCAUCCCGACGCCAAAGGACAAGACCUACAAACAGAAUCCUUCAAAUACUACUGGGCAUUGGCGCACAGAGAUCCCACCAGCGGCGUCCUGAAAGCAACAGAAUACUACGACGACCGCGACAACGACACGAGUAUCUGGUACAAAACCCUCGUUCCGCGGUACAGACGUCUCAAAGAAACCGAGCUACCAGCCGGCUCCAAGCUCGGCUUCGACUUCCUCACCAUGACGAUAAACCCCUUGCGAUUCCUCCCCUGGCUAAAGAAAGAGCUCGAGCGACGCGGCGUGCGCUUUAUCCGGCGGACACUCGAGACACUUGACGCCGCGCGGACAAUCGCAAACUGCAGGAUCGUCGUGAACGCAUCCGGACUCGGGGCUUUGCAGCUCGCUGGUGAUGAGGAUGUAAUGCCGGUGCGGGGCCAGACGAUGUUUGUGAAGACGGAUAUUGAUUUUUUGAAGUUGAUGCAGGGGUCGCAUUAUACGUAUGUGAUUCCAAGGAUGUAUUCUGGGGGUGCGAUUAUUGGGGGCGUUAGUCAGGAGGGGAAUUUUGAGAGGAAGGUGGAUGAGGGGUUGAGACCGGAUAUUCUGAGGAGGGUUAAGGGGCUUUUGGGGGAGAAGGGGAAGGAAUUGGAGUUGGGGGAUGUGGAGAAGGAUAUCGUUGCUUUUAGGCCUUCGAGGAAGGGGGGGUAUCGGGUCGAGGUUGAGGGGGAUACGGUGCAUGCUUAUGGGUUUGGGAGUUUGGGGUAUGUGUAUAGUUUUGGGGCUGCGGAGAAGGUGAGGGAGUUGGUUAGGGGGUUGGAGAGGCAGAGUCGGCUCUGA